UCGGUGUUUGUGUCACAAGUAGCCUGCUCGAUGGCUUUGUGCCCGUGCUUCGCGAGAUAGCGGUGACAUUGUUCCCUUGCUGGUGCCUCUUUCAAGAGUCCACUUCGACGAGCUCCUCCCCUGGCCCUGUCAAGAAGCACUGGUGCUGCGACAAUGCGCGUCUCUGCUAUCGCUGGCGUGAUCCUCCUGGUUAGCGCCACGCAUGCUCUGACACCUCCCCUAGUGCGAACACGAAGCGGUGACAUCAAGGGACUCCGCCUCAACGUAUACGGUGAGAAGGUGAACGCAUUCCUCGGAAUCCCUUAUGCAUCGCCUCCACUGGGGGACUUGCGCUUCCGCAAGCCGUUGCCAAAGGUCUCCUGGUCCGUUCCACGAUGGGCUAGGGCCUUCGGUAAACGGUGCAUGCAAGAGCUCUCUCUGGACGGGACACCUGAGCACUACGCAGCGGCGCCAGGCAUGAGCGAAGACUGCCUCUACCUCAACGUGUGGUCACCCGUCAGCGACAACAGCACCAAGCCCGUCAUGGUCUGGAUUCACGGCGGCAACUUCAAAUCCGGCUCCUCGGAUAACCCUGCAUUCGACGGUUCCGUGCUCGCCGCGACGCAGAACGUGGUCGUCGUAUCGUUCAAUUACAGGCUCGGCUUCUUCGGCUUCCUCAAUGCGGUCCACAGCAACGCGUCUGGGAACGCGGGCUUAUACGAUCAGGUGCUCGCGCUUGCGUGGGUCAAGGCCAACAUCGCUGCCUUCAAUGGAAACGGGUCGCAAGUCACCCUUUUCGGCGAAGGUGCCGGAAUCGCAGCCAUUCGGCUUCUGAUGAUUUCACCCUCUGCCAGAGGCCUUUUCCACCGUGUCAUCAUGCAAGGAGGCGCUGCGCACGCCGCCAAAGCGGCGGAGAGCACGAGCAGGAGUCUACUCAAAGCGGAUGCCCUGGCCGUCGAGGUGGGCUGCUCCAAAGCGGGCUACUCGAUCGUCUCACACCCGGAAGACGUUAUCGAAUGCCUCAAGAGCCGGUCGGCUCAUGAGGUCCUGCUCGCGCAAAUGGAACUGCGACACCACGGAAUCGAGGCCCCGCUGCCCACGCAUGGAACCGAGUUCCUACCGCACAACCCGGAUCUCAUCCACGACCUGAGGGGCUUUACGAACGUCGAGGUCUUGAUGGGCCACAACCGUGAGGAAGGCCGAAAGCUGGUGUCGCGAGUCUUCGAAGGCCGCUUCCAUGCGCUCAAGCAAAGCAACAACAUGACGAAGGCAGAUGCCGAGGUAGCGCUCCACGUUCUGCUGAACGCGCAAGGAUACCGGCGACUCGUGGCUACCGAAGUGGCCGGCCACUGUCUUAAGCACGCGGCCGCCUUUGGCGACCACCCGAGGACCCUGGCUGAUCUGGUGGAGGCCUGCGCGGCGGACGUGGCCGCCGGCUGUCCCGCGCUCGCGUUCGCCCGCAGACUCUCCAACGCCGGUCUGACAGUGCACUUAUACGGGCUCGACUACGUCGACGAAGAAGUGGAGGGCCACUUUCACACCGAUUCCGAUCAUUCUGCUGAGGCGACGCUCGUGUUCGGACUGCCUAUGAGGUUUCCCGGCAAGUUCGGAGAGUCGGACCGGACCUUCAGCCAAGAUAUCAUGACCGCUUGGGCUACGUUUGCGAAGCAAGGAAGGCCUCCCGUCUUCGAAGGCAUCUUGUGGCCUCGCUUUAGUGAAGCUCGACCAAUGUACUUGGGCAUCAACGAGGCUUCGGCGCAUUUAAGAGAAGCGGACACUUCGCUUUGUGGUCUCCUAAAGAAGUAGAACGGUGGGGAACCGAGCAGUCAGCCAAGCGUAUACAUAUACAGGUUGACCAUUUUUUAGUGUUCUGGAAAUUUUAAAAAUCACCUGUAGCAGAUAGCAUCAUUCUCGUCCUAAUUUAGCUGGAUUAUUCGAGGGAGCGGACAUUACCAGCUCGAGAAACCUAAACACAUAUUCAACUAAUUAACAGGUGUACUAAUUAACUUCUUAAUCAAUCACGUUAGGCACUUAUUGCAUUUUACGAAUGGCAGCCAUGGAGCUUGCAAGACGUAUCCAUUUGAAAUGCAUUUCCAGGACGACACCAGUUUCGAUAUAUUUCCCCAAGUGUGGGGCGAAAUACAUGGGCGUUCCAGUUACUUUUGUGCUUAAGUGCAUAAAAGAGGGUUUUGUUAAAAAACUGUAAGUGGAACAACAGUGACUUCUUGCGUCGAGUUUGGUGGCGCAUAUCUUCAAACUGGCGUCAUUCUUGAAAUUCAUUCCAAGUGGAUACGCCUUUCAACCUCACCGGUUAUAAUUCGUGAAUUGCAAUAUGCGCUGUAAGGUAAAUAAUUCAAAAGAUAAUAAGUGGAUUUUUAUUAAUUAGUUGAAUCCUUGUUUCGAUUUCGCGUGCAAGUGAUGUCCACCUCUGAAUAAUCCAGCUCAAGGACUAGAAUUAUGUUAUCUGCAACAAUAGUUUUUUUUUAAUUUGAUAAAUCUUAAAAAUGACCACCCUGUAUGUACAGGCUGUCCCAAUUAUCAUGCACUAGGAUUUUAAAAUAUGCAAAUGCCACGUAGCUGGACACAACCAAGGUAAUGCUAUUUGCCGUCGUUUGGAGGUACUCAGAUUAUUUUUUGCAUUCCACCUAACUACAUAAUUAGCCUCAAUAGAUUGAUCAAUUUCUCAAAUAUUAUAAUUAGAUUAAAACUGUCUGAGAAAAUUGUAUAGCAACAUGAAAAACUGCCGAUACAGAUAUUUUUAAAUCUUGGUGCAUGAUGAUUGGGACACCCUGUAUAUAAAUGUGGACGAGAGGAAAAGAAACCGAGGGGAAAAGAAACCGAGCGUAAUGCCAAGACGUGGCUUCGUACCCUACCUGCGACCAUUUGUUUUAUCUUUCAUUCACUUUCAAUUCCAUUUAUUUAUCGUUUCUUUAUUUCAAUUAAGAAAGAGAGAGCGUAAACUUUUAUUUCAAAUCAACAAGAUUUGAACUGGUUACAACAACAACAAGAUUAAGAACUGCAGUUAAUUUGCCCUAGGCCGUCCAUGGUGUCAUCGUUGACUUCUUAUAAUGCAACCAAUUAUAUAUCCGGCUCCUCGGUUUCUAUUCUUCUCGUUCAUUACACAGUGAGGGUCUCGAAUCCGGCAAUUUUGAUGUCUUCAGGUAGGAUGUGUGGGUUUAUUGACGCGUUGCCUUCACCCAAAGAUAUCACGUAGACGUGACGCCUUCGGCAGAAAGGAUGUCCCACAUCCGCCGCCAAGGCCGUGAGUGGUGGCGCUGGCUAACACUCCCAAGGUUAGUUCUAGUAGAUAAACAUAAAUACCCCAGAAAGUGGAUGGGAAAACGGCCCCGCGGUAGCUCAAUCGGUGAGAGCACCGCACGCGUAACGCGAAGACGAGGGUUCGCAUCCCACCUGCGGCCACUUGUUUUUACACCCACAUUCAUUUCAUUUAUUUAUCAUUUCUUUAUUUCUAUUGAAAACUGUAGUUAAAUUGCCCCUAUGCUGUCCAUGGUGUCAUUGUGUAUUGGCUUCUUAAGAUAUAUAUGUAUGGGCGUGUCAUGACUAAUAUACAAGCGACUGUCGUUUCCUUUAUUUUUCGAGUGUCACAUAAGAGGCUAUGUCGGGCUGUGUAUGACUGAGUACAAAUAAACUACUCAGGCAAACGACAUUUCUCGAUGUCUGUCAUCUACCAAGAACCAUGCGUAUAUCUACGUAGUCCUCGCUGAAAGGACAGCGACAUCCCUUCUGUGCUAAACGCAAAUAAAGUUAAACAAUCUUUGUCUGUACAGUCAGAACAAGUGCUUCGAAUCAUGUGACUUGAACAUGUUGCCUAAGCUCGGGGUCCUACCAUUGAUCUGCAAUUUUUACUCUGUGUUGUACACGUCCUACAUAAGGCUGUUCCAUGUACCGCUUCCCGCGCAUGCGGGAAGCGGUACCGCCGCCAUGCGUUCACUUGUUCGGCAACUGUAGUUGGAUAAUAUUACGAAAACAUUAAAGGAAGUGCAGCAUGUGCCAUAAUUUAUUUGCGUUGCCUGGCUGAGAGUAUUGUGCAUGACAGCAGACAAUUGUCCGCACGCUUGUACAGUACAAUGUGCGGGUGUUUGUGCGUGCGCGCGUGCGUACGUGCGCGUGUAUGUGUAUGCGUAAAGGGUGGGCUGUUUAAGUCUAAGAUAUAUCGGCUAAGCUGAAAGCAGCUGCAUUAACGAUGUGGCUUGAGGCACUAGACAGCUUUAGCUUAACGUUAGCGUAAUAACGAGCGCACAUGAUUGAUUUUAUCUAAUCGCCAAGCCUUGCACGUGCGUCGAAAAAGUGCGAUAGGCAGCGCAAUGACAGCCGGGAGCGCGUUGUAGUUGUAUACUUUACAUUUCUGCCGAUCCGCGGCGAAAUCAGUAAAAUCAUGUCCGUGGCCUACGAGAUCUCCCAAUCUCAGAGGCCAUAUAUGCCGUCACGCCUAUUUCUCGACUUCGCCGAUGGUUGACACAACCAUCCGGGAAGGUUUUUUGCGCUAGGCUUCGACGCAUUCGAAAAGACAAGCGAUCUCGAAAAAUCCGCAAGGUUAUUCGUAAUACUCUAUUGCCGAAGCGACCUGAGCCUAAGCGACAGCCUUUAGGCAGGCAUUUGCUACGAAUGGAGUGAAUUCUACAGAAUCAAACAGCAAAUUAAGUUCGAAGCGAGCGACUGGUACCGCCGCCAUGUUUUUUUUUUUUUUUAUACUAUACGUAAGCCCGGCAAGGACGGUAACGUUAAAUCUGAGAAAUGGCAUGCGCACGCUAAAUGCUAUGGGUCGUUUCGCAUUCUGCGCGUCCGUAUUUUGAUCCCGCUAUUCCAAUAAGCCUGCUAUUACGCUAAACACGCUAAACUAAAGCUGUCUAUUUUUACGUAACACUAAAUAUACAUGAGACGAGAACGAGAAGCACACAGACACGACGCCAUUGUCCUGUGUGCUUCUCGUCUGACGUCUUUUUAGCGCUAGGUAAAAAGGUCUCAAAUGUGCAAUACGCACCAACUAGCCCAACCUUCGUCCCUAUAUUUGUGCUUACUACGAGAGCGACGCUAAAAUGACUCGCUCGCAAACCACAUACAACCAUGUAAUCCCUAAAAUACACUAGAGAGUUUUAGAAUAGGGGCCCCAAUAGUUGAGGGCCCCAAAAAGCUUUGCGGGUGUUAGCGUUGGGGCACGCAGGAGUGAAGAGUUUGAGAACAGGGCUUUUCGUUUGUAGAUAGCGUCUUGCGCUACUAGAGAUAAUUAGAGAUAAGAGAUAAUUAGAGAUAAGCUACUAAACAUAUUUAAAUAAAAUAUACCAUUUCAUGAUAAGAAUAGUAAUUUUGACUUGCGUGUAUUCGCGUUUAAUUAUAAUUUAGAGACUAUUCUGUAAGCAGAAUAACCUCUAAAUUAGUUGCGCUUAGUUUUGAGCAAACCAACUUUACGUGCCUUCACCAGCCAAGCUUAGCCGUGUUAGGCCUACGAGCCAUAAUAUCUGCAAUCGAAUUCGGAAUCAGCAGCGUCUAAUGAGUCAAUCUUCAUAACACACGCUAGAUGAGAGAAAGCGAUAGCCGCAGUCACUUCUCCUAUAGCUUGCAAACUUCACGCGUUAUCACGAAUUCAACCAAGUUUGGUGCAAGGUUAAAGCCGUCGCUUCGAUGGGUGCCGCCAUGUUUGCCGACGCAAAGCUUUUGGGGCCACUAUUUGGGCUCCCGCUAAAUUGGUGAAAUAGCAUUCCCAACAAAAAACCCAAACGCAGUUAGCGUCUCGCGCAUGCGCAGGGGCGUCGACGCUAUUUCUUU